AUGUCGUUCCUCAACACUAUAAGAGGCUUUGGGCGCUCGUCUAAGAAGACUAAGAAGGAUUACGAAGCGCCGGGGAUCCUUGCGCCUCAUGGAAAUGGAAACGUCUCGCCCAUGAGAAGAUCACAACUGCCAUCCAAAAUGUCUCCGUCAAAACGUGGAUCGCAGAUUCACUUUGCCCCUUCGUCACCGACAAGGAUUUCCAGAAUGGCUCGUUCUCGCCUGCCGCAAAGACAGACCUAUAGCACAUCAGAAACGGAGGAGCCUCCUUUAUUCUUGUGUGAGCCGUUCGUCAAGACAGCCUUGGUCAAAGGUUCGUUCAAGACCAUCGUACAGCUACCUAAAUACGUGGACUACGGGGAAUGGCUCUCCCUCAAUAUUUUCGAGCUUUUCAAUCAUUUAAACCAAUUCUACGGCAUCAUAUCAGACUACAUAACGCCCGAACUGAAUCCUACAAUGAACGCAGGGCCAAACACAAAUUACUUGUGGAUAGACACUUCUGGGCAGCCCGUGAACUUGCCUGCUGAUCAGUAUAUUGAAUAUGUUUUGACAUGGAUAUCAAACAAGAUCAACGACCAAUCAGUGUUUCCCACGAAAGACGGCGGAGCAUUCCCUCCCAACUUUAUCAAAGACUGCAAAAACAUUGUCAGACAAAUGUUCAGAAUCUUUGCACACAUAUAUCACAAUCACUUUGAAAAGUUAGUACAUCUAUCGCUAGAGGCGCAUUGGAACUCCUUCUUCGCACACUUCAUAAGUUUCGGCAAGGAAUUCAACUUGAUAGACAAGAAGGAGCUAGUGCCUUUGUUACCAUUGAUCGAGAAUUUUGAGAAACAGGGGAAAAUCAUUUAA